AUGAUCCGCACGUAUGAGAGCACUAAUAUCUCUGUUGCAUGUCAGCUCGCCAAUCCCGUUGUUGUGCUUUGCUUCUUUCCACAUUCUCUUCAACUUUCGUUUUUGUUGUUUCUUCCUCAUUUCUACUUCUCGCACGUAAAUGCAAAUCUGCUCUCCACUUACUCAAUUUAG